GGGACCCUGGGUAGAAUCGAAGCAGUUCUGCUGGACAUUAGAAAAAUUACCAACUGACACUCAGUGUGUCCCCAUUUCUUUUUUAUUUCCCUUCACAUGAAAUAAAAGACCUGAAGCAUUGGAACAAUGAACCAACUGGCAAGGCAUUUCUGGUUUACCAUUUCAGCUCUAUUGGUGAAACUUCCAUUGCAUUCCAAUGAAGUUUAUUCAGCUCCUGUACGAGCUUAUGCUCCACUUCCAAAGACCAUCCUACCUGCUCUGGGAACUGACACUGGAUUGCAACAAACAGCUGUUGAUUUCUUUCCAAACUACCCAGACUUCGCCAGUGUCGACGGCGCCCAGCACAAAAUGAGCAUCCUUUGGAAUUUAGAGCUGCACUCUUUGUUCAAGAGAUCAAUCAACUGGAAUGGAGUGAUCCCAAACCGGCCAGCCUUAGCUGAGAUUGUUGUCGUUGGGUCUAUAGCCAUCAUUCUUGCUCUGCUGAGUGGAAUGGUCCUUUGGUUUUUUAUCCUCAAAUGGACAAAGGAAGAGAAAACAAUGGCUUUUGGUUUCAACAUCCUUUCUAAACAGAUUCCAUUUGGGAAUCUCGCCCGAGGAGGUGAAGCAUGGAGCCAGCGUGAAGAAUGCCGUGGAUGGCAAUCAAGAACUGGGAAGUUAAAAAAAUUUGAUUUUUCAGCUUUGAAGCUCAAAAGGAAGAAAAAGAAAGUAUCAAAAGAGGCAAACGACAAGCAGAGCGAGAAAGAGAAGCCACUUGAAGAGGGGAAGGAAAAGGGGGGCAAGAAAUCACAGGUGGCAAAGAGACAAGAAACACAAAAGAAAUUGAGAAAAAUCAAGACAAUAAAGUCCAAACUGAAACGAAAGCUCCCCAAAGGAAAGAAGUUACUAACUCAAAAGAAGCUAAAGUGAAGAUUGCCACAAAAAGGUAUCAGAUUAAAGGAAAUGGAAACUGGAAAGCAAAAGGAAACAAUGAGAGAGAGAAAAAAUAUGUAGGAAGAAAGAACUGGCCAAAACUGAGGUCACCAUCCGAAGCAGGAAGAACCAUAGGCAGGAACGUUAAUGAGCUAAACAUCUAGGGCUGGAUAAUCUGACUGUCUUACUUUGUCUUACUUUGUUCUUUUUCAUUGUCUUACUUUGUUCUUGAUGAGAAUGUUGUGUGGUUGGUGAAGUACAAGAGGUAUAAUAAAUUGGGUGGGAAAAGAUACAAUAUAUAUCUACUAUUUCUAUUUUGAUACCAGCUAGUAGUCUUGAUCAGGGUCCCAUUGCACAAACAUAACAAAAAGAUGGUUUUCCAGAUGUGCUUACAGCUAAUCUAAGUGCCAGAGAAGAAACAACAAGUGGAAUAAUUCAGAGAGACAGCACAAUCCUCUGGUCUGAGUGCUAGCAUAAGAUAUUGAGGAGCUUGCUUCAACUCCUUCCUCCAUGAUAGACUCUUUUUGUAUGACCACGUGUGUCUAUUCCUCAUCUGUAAAAUGAGGAUAAUACCACACAGUUUCCAAGGACACAUAUUAAAGGUUAUGAGGCUC